CUAUUUUUUAUUUUAUUUUUUUAACUAAGCACGACGCCCUUUUUCUCAUCUCUUCCCCUCGUCGUUGAUUGAAUUGCACCGCCACCCUAGCAAUCUUGCUUCCUUCGGAACCACGGGAUACUUGUCGCCCCGCCCGCGCUCUCUCUCUCUCUCUAGGGUUUUUGUUGAAGUUGGAGCCCGAUUUUCGUUUCUGCUCGAUCCUAGGGUUUUAGUCGCGUCCACAAUUCAAGGCACGCGUUUUACUUAAUUUCUUUCAUUCGCACUUGGGGGUUUACUGAUACCUCGAGUCGUUUUGAUUCGUGGCGUGCGUGCUUGAGCACCGCCGAGGUGCACUGGGAAAUGCUUCUUAUUGGACUUGAAUGAUUGCCAGCAUGGACUUGAAUGCUUCCCCUGAACCUGAAGAGGACGAUGUAUUUCCUGUUCAUUCAGAAGGUCGGGUGCCCGAAGAACAUAUUGAAUAUAAUGACCAUGCUGAACAUGGGGAGUCUGCUGUUCAGAUUUCACGCCGGGAGCGGGAGGAAAGGAUUCAACGGAUUCGAAAACAACGGCCUGAUGAUAAACCAUCUUAUGGAUAUCAGUCCGGACAGCGUGAUGAUGUGUAUCAAGUAAAAAGACAUCGGCCUAAUAGUAAACUACCUCCAGGUUGGUUAGACUGCCCCUCCCAUGGACAAGAAAUCAAUGGCUUGAUCCCUUCAAAAGUUCCUUUAGGUGAAGCAUUCAAUGACUGUGUCCCUCCUGGUCGGAGAUACUCAUUUAGGCAGGUGAUCCAUCUACAGAGAGUUCUAGACAGAAAGCUUGGUUUGGUGAUUGAUCUUACCAAUUCUAGUAGAUACUACAAUCAGUUUGAAUUGAAGAAAGAAGGCAUUAAGCACGUGAAGAUUGCUUGCAAGGGGCGUGAUUCAGUUCCUGAAAAUGAGGCUGUAAACAAGUUUUACUAUGAGGUUGCACAAUUUCUGUCUCGCCAAAAGCAACAAAAGAAAUAUAUAUUAGUUCACUGCACGCAUGGGCAUAAUCGUACAGGAUAUAUGAUUAUCCACUAUCUCAUGCGAACACUGCCUAUAUCUGUCACUCAGGCAAUUAAAAUAUUUUCUGAUGCACGCCCACCUGGGAUAUAUAAGCCAGAUUACAUUGAUGCCUUGUACACUUUUUAUCAUGAGACAAAGCCAGAAAUGAUAGUUUGUCCACCGACUCCAGAGUGGAAAAGAUCCUCUGAUCUUGAUCUCAAUGGUGAUGCAAUGCCAGAUGACGAUGAUGAUGAUGGGGAUUCUGUAGCUCCUCCAGAUGAGAAGCAUGAACCACAGUUAGUCAUGUCAAAUGAUGAUAUCUUGGGAGAUAAAAUCCCUAGUGAUCAAGAAGCAACAAUGCGGCAGCUUUGUUACCAACUUCUAAACCUACCAACAGGGGUUAGAGGACCCCAGCAAUUUCCUGGUUCGCAUCCAGUUUCUCUUAACAGGGACAACUUACAGUUGUUAAGGCAGCGAUACUAUUAUGCAACAUGGAAAGCGGAUGGAACAAGAUAUAUGAUGCUAAUAACUAUGGAUGGUUGCUACUUGAUAGAUCGACAUUUUACCUUUCGUAGGGUUCAGAUGAGGUUUCCUUGCAGGCAUUCAAAUGAAAAGGGAAUGACUGACAGAUUGUAUCACCAUUAUACUUUACUUGAUGGGGAGAUGGUGAUUGAUACCAUGCCUGAUUCACAUAAGCAAGAAAGGAGAUACCUCAUCUAUGAUAUGAUUGCCACUAAUCAAGUUUCCCUUGUAGAGCGGCAAUUUCAUGAACGAUGGAAAAUGAUUGACAGGGAGGUGAUAGAGCCUAGGAAUACUGAAAGGCAGCAUAUAUACCAGAGCCAAAAUCCUUAUUAUAGAUAUGAUUUGGAGCCUUUCAGGGUGAGGAGGAAGGACUUUUGGCUGCUUUCUACUGUUACAAAACUUUUGCAGGAUUUCAUUCCAAAAUUGUCACAUGCAGCAGAUGGUCUUAUCUUUCAGGGUUGGGAUGAUCCAUAUGUUCCUCGAACUCAUGAAGGACUUCUGAAAUGGAAAUACCCAGAAAUGAAUUCAGUGGAUUUUCUCUUCGAGGUAGUUGACAACCGUGAAUUACUAUAUCUCUUCGAGCGGGGGAAGAAGAAAUUGAUGGAAGGGAAUAGGGUUGUCUUCCCUGAUGGGAGUGAUCCCUCUUCAUAUUCAGGUAAGAUAAUCGAGUGUUCCUGGAAUUCUGAGGACGACGUAUGGGUGUGUAUGAGGGUGAGGAUAGAUAAAGGAACCCCUAACGAAUUUAAUACCUACAAGAAGGUUAUGAGAAGUAUACGGGACAAUAUCACUGAAGAGAUAUUGUUGAAUGAGAUCAAGGAGAUCUUAUGCCUGCCGAUGUAUGCUCAUAGAAUAGAGAAUGCAAGCAAAAGCCGCCAACACAACCACCCACAACGUCGAAGGUGACAGACAGAUGGACAGAGUGGAAUAAUAUCCAGACAAGCUACUUGUUGCUGAGCCUUGAUAUAAUUUUCUGUAUUCUGUUAUAAUUGUGAGUAGAUUGAAUUGGUGGCCGAGGGGAAUAUUUAUAUAUAUAUAGUGAUGGUGUCGUCUUGACUACAAGGUGCUGUUAUUGUCUGACUGACACCUUUUCUCUGUCUCUUAUCUCUCUCUCUAUAUAUAUAUUAUUGAUUAUUUAUAUAGCUAGGAAUAGCAGCAGCAGCAGCAGCAGCAGCAAGAGGAGGAGGAGGUGGAGGAGUAGGAGUAGGAGGAGCAGCAGCAGAUCAGAGAUGAAAAUCAUACAAUACAUACAUACAUAUGGAUAGGAUCAUACCCUACCCUGCCCCGUCCUACCACCCACCCCUCCUUUGUACAUUCAAUGUUUCUCAAAACUGAUUGCUACUACUACUUACUGUGUUGCCUUUUCUUUGUUCUUUUUUUUGCUUCUUGAAUAGGGAGAGAGAGAGAGAGAGAGACAGUGAUGUUUGUUGCCAAAGGAUGUAGAUUUUAGGGCUAUUAAUUAAAUCUGAAGUCAAUCAUUUCAUUUUGGUGUGGAUAUUAUUCAUAUACUAGUAACUUUUUAGUGUUC